AUGAUCAUCCCACCCGCAGAGUUGGGGUACGUGACUGAGGCCUACGACGACUUUCCAGACUACGUACCCAACAUGGGUGCUUGGGGAGAGUCGAAGCCGGGAAACACUCCGGAGGCUUACCCGGCGGACUCGCUGGAUCUGGACGCCUUUUGGAACGGAGGGGCGGAGGCGGUGGACUUUCACGACAUCCCGGUGGUCGACCGGCCUGUCUUCGUGGAGAUGAAGCAGUUCAUCGACAAUGAAGGGCUAACGAUGCUCCCAUCGGAGACCGAGCUAUUGGAGAGGGAUAUCCAGACCGAGCGGAGAGCACGCGCUAAGGCCAGGAAGGAGCGCUUCGCGGACGAACCGGAUGAGGAUCUGGUAGACGACACCCUGGACGACUUGCCGCUCGACGACGAGAUCGAGGUCGGCGUGAUCGACGUCCCGCCGCCGCCGGUAGAUUUCGACGACAGUGACGGUUACGACGACGGGUACGACCCGGACACGGGGGACCUCGGAGGGGCAGAGAGCGAUGGCAUGUACUAAAUAUUCAAAGACGCUUUGGUGUGUGUAUCCCCUCCCCCAGCACCCUUGAGGGCAACUGAGAGCCUUGAUUUAGCAACCGAGUGUGUUAUGGCUGCAGGAAAGCGAUCCUUCGUGUAGCAACCAAACGUUUCGUUGCUGCA